AGUAUUUGACGUCAAAUAUUUUAUUACAUGUAAUAAACAUUAUAAUUUUACCUGUACAUAUAUGACUGGCAUACGAUAAUGUAACAUAGAGUAAGAAUUAAUUUACAUAGUAAUAAACUCUCGGAAAAUUAGGACUGUCAAAGCAGAAAAAAUUAUGAUCACUUAGCGAAUGUACUCAUCAAGCAAUUAUAAACCGGAAGCACGAUAUCUUCCCCAUACAGCAAGUUGGCAAAUGCCAAUAAAACCUUCUGAAUUCCUGCUGAGAUUUCUCCAAAAAUCAGACCGUCAGUGCGGAUGAGACUCUCAAGAUAAGUGAGGUGGUCGAUACGUCCAACUACUUCACUCCCUAUGACUAACUCAGGUCAAUCCUGACGCAACAUUUUGGAUUUGAAAGGUUAGAAUCACAUCCGAAACAUGCUUGUGUCGUUAUUUAAUGUGGUCAGAAGACGGCAUUGUGUCAGCAUCAAACAGAACUAUAUUAUCGAGGUAUUCCAAGUCAACAAGUGAAUCUCUCGAUAGGAAAACUCCUGAAAAGGUAAGCAAUCAAAGUGUUACUUCUAAUAACAUGUCAAUGACAAGUUGGAUAAAAAUGGAAGCAGAUGACCCUGAUAGUUCUUCACAAGCUCUGACUCAACUAGAAAUGUUCGAGAAGAGAGCCUGUAUGAUGUUAAUGUACUUCUUUGGGAUGCCUUUCAAUGAUAGACACCGCCACAGAACCUCACGAUCUUCGUAGUUGAACUCCGUAUUAAGGUCAAGAAAUAUAACUAUAAUCGGACAUCGAAAAGUAUGUCUGUUUCAGAACCUGGUGAAGGGUGAAUACUCGGUCUAUACAUAAUCGUUUACGUCUGAAACCAGCCUGGUUUUCUCGGGUUUGCUCCUCACGAGCUCUAAUUAGACGUCGAAGUAUUAACGAGGCUAAUAUUUUAGACAUCUUAGUUAAACAGAUUCCUCUGUGAUUGUCACAAAACGAUUUUUGUCCCUUCUUAUAAACUGAGAUGAUCAGCGAUCGAGACCAGUCAGAUGAGAUUUCAUGCAGUUCUCAGGUUCUAGCUAAGAUUUCAGUUAACUUAACCGGUAAAGCUGGACUAACAUCCCUAAAGAUCUGAGGACUUAAUCCAUCAGGCUCUGAUGCUCUCUCGGGUUGGAUUAUCUACAAAAAUGGGACUCGUCACUACACAACAACUUUCUUGACUGAGAGAAAACGUUUGACAGCGCAGAUAGGAGAGAUUUAUGGAACCUUCUUCGACAUGGUGUACCUGCGAAGAUCAUCAACAUCACACGACUUACUGCACUGCAAGGUCGUGCAUGGAAGAUAGAUCACAGAUGUAUUCCAAGUAAAGAUCUGUGUCAAGCAAGGCUGCUUUUGUUCGUUUUCUCUCUUCUUGUGGUCGGUUGUAUUAUAAAGACCUCUACAUCUUAGUGGAAGUACAGAAUACAAUGAACAGCUUGGGUGCAACUAGGCGAUUUGAACUUCGCAGAUGACCUAGCCCUUCUAUCCCAUACAUACCAACGAAUAUAGGUGUAGACAGCUAGUAUAACAGUCUCCUCUGAAUCAGUAGGUCUUAACAUACACAAGGUCCUGAAAUGCAACACAGCGAGCACCAACCCAAUCACACUUGAUGGAGAAGAUCCGGAGGAGGUCGUAAAUUUCACAUAUCUAGGGAGCAUCGUUGAUAAACAAGGAGGAUCUGAUGCAGAUGUGAAGGUAAGGAUUGGCAUGGCAAGAGGAGCACUCUCGCAACUGAAGAACAUAUGGAACUCAAAACAACUGUCAGCCAACAUCAGUCAGAAUCUUCAAUACGAACGUCAGGACAGUUCUACUGUAUAGAGCUGAAACUCGGAGAACUACUACAACCAUCGUCAAAAUAGUGUAAGUAUUUAAAACAAUUGUCGAGGGUCGGGUACCACCAGCAACAACCUACUGCGAGAGAGAGCAAGCUAGCUUCUGGCUGGAGAGGAAAUUAGGGGAAUAUGCUGGGGGUGGAUAGGGCAUACACUGGGGAAAUCAACAAACUGCAACACGAGGCAAUCCCUAUGUCAAAUCCGUUAUACUUAGAUUCUUGCUUAUUCACACCAUUUGUGUAAAAUACUCCUUCACACGUCAUAAAAGUUAUCUUCUUUUUGCUUCUCUACAUUCUAAAUUCCUAUUUGGUAACCCUUCAUGCAACAAAGAACCAUUCACUUUUUCGGUAGUCUGAUUGCUGCAGGUUGAAACCCUACUUCAAUGGAACAAAUGCAACCAGAUAUACACAAGGAAUACCAACCCCUAAAUAACUAUUAGAUUUACUAGCGUGGUGGAUUUGAGGUCUUAUCAUACUAAACCCUAGAUGCGUAUUUUAAUGUCUUGAUUUCAUGCUAGUGUUGUUGCUAAUUGUUGUCUAUUGCUUUCAUUAUUAAAUAUAAGUUCAUCCCAUGUGCUGACAGUCUUAGGCGCACUUAAUCAUCUGCUGACUUCUCGAAUUUCUUCAGGUUUAAAGAGAACUAAUGUUUGUUUGGGCCUUAUCAGAGAAUUUACUUCUAGGAUAACUCUAGCUAUCUGAUCGAGUUGUAUACUGCAUCAGAAUAAGUACAGCCAAGGUUUACUACUCCUAAAAAACGAAACAAAUCUUGGAACUGUACCGUGAUGUCAAUAGGUAAGUACAAACAAAUCAAUUGGUUUACGCAAGUGUGUCAAAGAAUGUCAAAGACUGGGAGACCAGAAGUGACCAGUCGCCUCAUGAGUGACAACCUCUGGUAUCCAGAAAUACAACUGCCCUGAGAUGGGCUUGCCAGACAUACACCGAGGUUUUUUAAUCUGCAUAAAUCUGUGUGGAGCUCAAUGAGACCUCUCAACACUUUAAGAUGUUUAGUUCAAGUAGCCGACAUGAAUCCCACUGCCGACACCAAGUACGAAAAUAGUAUGCAUAUGGGUGGUAUUUUGAGGUAACUGAUAGUUUACAUUAUUAUACCUAUCAAAUGACGAUUUUUUACCAAAUAUAGAUAGAGUCUUCAGUUUUUAUUAUAAUAAAGUAAAAGGGAUAUGAAUCAAUAAAUACAAUCAGUUAAUAUAUUAAACAUCUCGGGUCAUGAGUAAUGCUAGCGCUUACCCAGUAUUUAUCCACAGUUUUCAUCGGAUAUUUUUCCAACUAAUCUUCGCAAUUGACUUGCUGAAACAGAAAAAAGUAUCACGUCAGUAGUACCUCAGAUUACUAAAGGGAAAGUCAUGGGAACAGGACCAAACUGUCAGUCGCCAAUGAUGGUUAGGGAGGGGGUAAACCUAAUGUCUGUACGGAUGGUCUUAGUUUGACGCCUUUCUGUCAAACAGUUUUAUAUCCGAUUGAUUACGGCUCCAAUUUACACUCACUGUAUCUCACAACAGUGGGUAAGACGAAGAGCCACGAGGGGAUAUAUGACAGACUUGACAGCCAAUGAGUCGUGGUCCAGAAGCACUCGACAAGCCUUGAUCUCAUCAUCGGAACCUACCUGUGGUUUAUAGGCACUCGUGUAACCAAAAAUCGGAGGCUAAGAGAAACUAGGUUACUGGGACAUCAAGUGAACCGCAUGAUCCGCACGACACGAC